CUGGCGAUCUUGAGCUGGGCUUGGGUGUGGUAUAUUGUUUGACUAAUUGUUUUUAAGAUUGGUCUUUUUAUUUAAUUUACUUAUUUACUGAAAAUGGCUAGAAGCCUCGUUUUUGUGGCACUAGUCGGCGCUUUAUGUUUUACACUUGCUAACGCACAACACCACUAUGACGAGCACAAGACCAAAAAUCUCAUCUGGUGCACCAAGAGCCAGGCAGAACAGUACAAAUGCCAGAAUCUCACGGUGGCCAUCGAACGCGAUCGAGCAUUGUUCGACGAGGUGUUCCUGAAUCUCACCUGCUUCAAGGCCUACAGUGCGGAUGAGUGCAUCCACCACAUCGAUCGAGAGAAGGCGCACAUUACUUCGCUGGACGCCGGAGAUGUUUUCACGGCGGGCCGAUACAACUCCCUGAUCCCCAUUAUGCGGGAAAAGCUGGAGGGCGGCUUUAUGGAAUAUCAAUCCGUGGCCGUUAUCAAAAAGGGAUCCCUGCCUGAUUUAAAUAAUCUCCGCGACUUCCGAAACAAGAGGGUCUGCUUCCCCUGGGUGGGCAGUCUUGCAGGUUGGAUUGUCCCAAUUCAUACGCUCCAAAGAGAAGGCGGCAUGGAAGUUGUGGACUGUAACAAUCAAGUAAAGACAGCUGCCAGCUAUUUCAACAAUUCGUGUGCCGUGUACUCUCUAUCCGACAAAUACAAUCCCAUUGGCGACAACUCAGAUAAACUUUGUUCGCUCUGCACUGGCAAGAUUCCUGGAGGACGCUGCUCGUCUUCAGAUCCCUACUUUGGCUACGAAGGCGCCUUCAAGUGUUUGUUGGAGAAAGGAGAUGUUGCAUUUUUGCGCCACUCGACAGUAUCUGAAAUGCUGCAGACCACUGAAUUCAAAAACUUAUCACCGGACACUUUUGAGCUACUCUGUCGCGACGGUCGCCGCGUUCCCAUUAACGACUAUCGACAGUGUAAUUGGGGCCAAGUUCCCGCGGAUGCCAUUGUGACAUCUUCAGCACGCAGCUUCAACGAUCGAAAGCAAUAUCAGCAAUUCCUGAAACGCAUUGCGGAGUUGUAUUCCGAUGGGGUCCGUGAAGAUCAAAGCAAACUGAAUGGGCAAGGAUUUAGCAACAACAACAAUUACAACGUGCAGGGUCAAAAUGGUGCCUACGAUCAGUUUAAAAACCAGUACGAAAAUAAUGACCCUUAUAGAAACCAAUACAAUCAGUACCGCAGUGAACGCUUGGACAGUAGUUUCUCCGAAGACAACAAUCCGCAGGACGGCACCAACACAUCGAUUCUUUUUGAGAAGUUUCGCAUAUUUGAUUCGAAACGAUAUGGCAAGCCAAAUUUGCUUUUCCAGGACUCAAGCCGGGCUCUUAGUAUUAUUCCUGAGGAUGAUCAGUCCUUUACAAAAUAUUUGGGACCUGCCAUUGACCUUAUUUACGGCAUUCGAGAAUGUCCUGUUCCGGCGAUGACCCUUUGCGUGACUUCAGAAAACGAACUCGAGAAAUGUAUCAAGAUGAGGACUGCCCUAAAAGCGCACCUCCUAAAACCGGAACUAAUUUGCAAGAAGAUGCACUCCCACAUAAACUGCAUGCAGUUCAUCGAAGCGGGUAAGGCCGACAUUUCUGUUUUCGAUGCCGGAGAUGUGUACACUGGCGGACUGAACUACGACCUGAUUCCCUUCAUGUCGGAGGUGUACAAUCUUGGCGAGCCCGAGUAUUAUGUGGUCGCUGUGGCCAAGGAGGAGGAUCCCGAUACGGAGUUAACUUACCUUAAGGGUAAGAAUACCUGCCACACGGGCAUCAACACCGCAGCUGGCUGGACAUAUCCAAUGGCUCUCUUCAUCUCGAACGGUUGGAUUCGUCCGUAUGGAUGUGAUUCGGUGCGGGCUGCCGCUGAGUACUUCACCAAGUCUUGUGUACCGGGUGCGAUUAGCAGUGAAUAUAAUACUGGAGUGCCUUACGAUAGCAUGUGCGAUCUGUGCCAUGGAACUAGCUACAGAUACUGUCGUCGCGAUGCUUCCGAAGAUUACUAUGGACAUACCGGUGCAUUCAGGUGCCUGGUGGAGGGCGGCGGACAUGUGGCGUUUAUGAAGCACACCACGGUGAUGGAGAGCACAGGCGGCAAGCGCAAGGAAUGGUGGGCAAGGAAUGCUCUAAACGAUGAUUUUGAACUCCUGUGCACUGAUGGUACGCGUGCCGAGGUGCAGGACUACAAGCGCUGCAAUCUGGGCAAGGUGAAAGCCAAUGCCGUCGUAACCCGCGGAGGAGUCAACUACAACGAGACCCAAAUAAAUGCCUAUAUUAACCUGCUCACCUAUGCCCAACAACUGUACGGUCGGAAGGAAGUGGACGCUUUUAGCUUCAGUAUGUUCUCCUCGCCGAUUGGUCACUACGAUCUGAUCUUCCAGGACGCAACGCGGCAGCUCAAAGUAAUUUUGCCGAAUAAACGACGAUACGAUUCCUAUUUGGGCAGCGAUUUUAUGCGGGCUCGCCGUAUCACCGAUUGCUAUGCCGGUGCCUCACAGGUGGCAUUAUCCGUAGGCCUGCUCCUCGUGGCCUCCUUAGUUGCAAUACUCUAAACCAGUAGACUCGUUAGGAUUUCAGAAUUGUACAAGAAUCUCUAGCACAAAGAGAAACAUAUCAAUGAUUACAUUCCAAUUAUGUUUAAGAAUACAAGAAAAAACCAUACCGUCCGAAAAACAACAUUCCUUGAUGCAGAAUAUUAUCUGACGAAGGCUAUAAUUUUAAUUUUUAGUGCCUGUGCCUUAAUAUAGAAUUUGUUUGUGUACAUACCAACUAAGUCCGUCCAAAAAAUUGUAUCUAGAAAGUGUAAGCCGAAUCUUUUACAAAACUUUUAUAAGUAUACAAAUAAAAUGAUGAAACAAUUAGA